UGAAACAACAACGUUCUUUCAGGAACACACAUCAUCGGCUGGGCUGGGCUCGCUCUGUUGGCUGCCGCGAUGCGGGUUGGCAGGCCCUCAUUGGGACAUGGGCACCACCCCACCAGGUGCCAUUCGAAUUUCCGGUGAUUAUCAUAGAGAAUAUGUCGUGCAUAAUCUCCGUUGGAGCUUCUACAUAUCGGAGGCAAAUCCUUUUGCGUCGGCCGCUGUGUACACACGUUCACCUUUGCCAACGAUCUCUACAACCGUUACGCCAAAAUUCUUCCAUUAUAACGUCCCGAGCCAGCUGCCACCCUGACGCUAUGCACGCGCUUGGUGACCUUACAGGGGCUUCAGUACUGAUAAAAACGCAGGGCCGACAUGCUGGAAGACCACAGUGAACUACAAUCGCCUCUCCCUCAACAGAACGACGCUUUCUGCUGAACAGCGCUGAUGGAUCCUACUGACCCUUCUUGUUUUCUUUAUGGUUCGUUAGAGGUACCUGCUUGUCAUACAUCAAUCUCUGCCUGCCAAACUGUAGAUUCGCAUCAUGAUUCUGUGCCUCUUAGCUGUGAAAUGUGCAUUCAUUCUGAACAUCUCUCGUAUCAAUCGAUGACACUCGAUACCACCACAAACACAACACUCGAUUAUGGAGCUCCUCUGUCUUUUGAGAAUCGAAGCAUAACUGUGGCUGAUGGUCCCGCAUACCCCAGUCAUGUAUUACACGAGCCGCAGCCCAUACUGCGCCCAAUUUACCGGUGGUAUGAUUCUGCGUACACGGGCUCUUGCUCGCCGAUAAACAACCAGACAGUGGGACUGAGCAUCCUUCGACCCUCCGCCCCCUCCCCCAUGCAGGACAACCCGCUCCAUAUCCACCGCAACGUCCCCGACAAUCCACCAUCACACCCUCCUCCCCGUAACCACGGUCCUGGUCGCUUCGACUCGUAUCAUAUUGAACGCCCUCAUAAGUCCCAUAGUACCUAUCUCUGUCGGUGGGACAACGAAGGGAGGCUUUGCAGUCACGAGUUUCAGGCUACAUCUAAAGAUAUUCUCGCCCAUUUGCGCGAACAUCAUCGCAUUGGAGUAGACAACAAGGAAUUCUGCCGUUGCCUAUGGGUCACACCUCACGGUGUCUGUAAGAAGCAGCUGAAGAUCCAGAGUUUGGGGCGGCAUGUCAUCACCCACAUUGGCAUCAGACUCAAGUGCUCUGUCUGUGGUAUAACGAUGGCUCGGAAUGACUGUGCUGCCAAGCAUCGUAAGCAGCACCCGGGUUGCUCUCGAGCCCACUUUAUAGAGUUUGGACAUUGUUGAGCGCUGAGCCCCCGCCCCCGCCUUUCUUAAUGAUUACUUCCACGUAGGGACACUUCCUCUCCAUUCAUACUUAUAUUAAGAUUUACGACACUCCAUCAUGCGCGCCGUCUCAUUUUUACACCAGAUCGUUUGUAUAGGGCAUAUUCUGCUGCUUGUGCA